AUGGCUUCUGGCAAUCUUUCAUUGGAUGGAGUCCUUCAUCAAUUUGCCCCUAGGCUCGUUGCCUUCGAGUACUUGGCCUCGCAAGAUAAGCCAAGCAGACCAAACAGCUUGAUCUUUAUUGGUGGAUUGACUGAUGGCUUGGGUACAGUCCCUUAUGUAGCGCCGCUGGCUAAGACCUUGGAGACCACGCAGUGGUCUGUGUUCUCAAUUCUACUCUCUUCGUCCUACAAUGGAUUCGGAGUCAGUAGUCUCGACCUCGACGUAGAGGAGAUCGCGCAAUGUGUGGAAUUUGUGCGCAAGCUGAAGGGAGAGUCUGGCAAGGUUGUGAUCAUGGGUCACUCAACUGGUAGUCAAGAUGUGUUGCAUUACCUCCAUUCGCCGAAUCCUCUUCCUAAGGACCCCGAGUUUGAUGUCGGUCUGACAUACCUGACCAGACCUAAGCUCGAUGGUGCCAUUAUGCAGGCGCCGGCUUCGGAUCGAGAGGCAAUUCAAUAUCUCAUAAAGACCUGCGAUCAACCGGAAGAAGCGCAAGGCGCUUAUGAGCAACUUGUGAGCGCUGCGAAGAGACAGCCCUGGACGGAUGAUGAGCGCGAUACCAUCCUGCCAAUGAACAUGACUGCACUCCUGGGAUUACCGGGCAAUGCGCCCCUCAGUGCUCGUCGGUUCCUGAGCCUUACCAGCCCGGAUAGUCCUGAAAACCCAUCACAGGAUGACCUCUUCAGUUCCGAUCUCACCGAUCAGCGCUACCGAGAGACAUUCGGGCAGAUCGGCUCGCGGGGUAUUCUGAGCUCCAGCUCUAAGCUCCUGGCACUCUACUCCGGUGAGGAUGAAUACUGCCCACCAUCUAUUGAUAAGGAGGCCAUGUUGAAAAGAUGGCAACUCGCAACUGAGGCUGGUGGUGCUUCAUGGGAUGCGCGGAACGGCGGUGUCAUUCCUGGUGCUAUUCACAAUGUUGCGGAGGAAGGCCAAGAAGACCUGAUUGGACGCGUUGUGCGGUACCUCCACGAUAUUUGA